GCGUAUUUGAGGUUAGGUAAAACGUCAAAAAGAAAAUAAAAAAUUUGUGGCUUAUUCCUGGAAUGUAAACAAUGAGUUUUCGUGCCUUUUUGGUGUAAAAACGCAGGAAUUCGGGCGAGUUAAUCGAAGUAGUGUGUUUUUUACGAUGAAAUCGGCCAUAAAGGUUCACUUACCUCCAACCCAGCCCGCAAUAAAAUCAGCAAAGACACCAGAGGACAUACUACUUAUGAAUCAUCUUAGGUACUAGGGCUCCCUUUUUGUCCUAUACUGUAUUAUUUUUAGUACUUCGACUUCCAAAGCGUUCUCCGCCUGUUUCCGGUUUUCUGUUAACGGCGUUUUGAAUUUACAAUAUUUUAUCCUAUUACAAGUAGCCACAAUGCUGUCUAGAAAGAACAAAGACCUUAGGGCUCUAAAGGAGGGAGUUGUUGGCAAGUAUGUUAAGAAAGAUACUCCGCCCGAAAUGCCAAUUAUCAAUGUUUGGACUACAGAGCCUAGAAGAAGUUCAAAUCAAAGCCGGUCCUCUUUGCCAGCUCAGAGCACGUAUAAUAACAACACUCAGAACAAUAGUAGUACUGUUCAGAAGUUUGGUAAUCAAAAAACCACUAUAAGUGAUGUUGGUUUAGGCGCUCAUGAAGGUAAAUAUACUCCCAGUGCAUCUGUGCCUGAUUUAGCAACUCGAUUUGCUAACUUAUCUGUUGGUAAUUCAGCUGAAAAUAAUGUAGUGGGUAGUUCUAGUAGUUCGGCUAUGCUUGUUUCGGGAAACCCAAACACUAUUAGCAAUGUAUCUCAUCAUAUCUACGCUAAUCAACCGAUAGGGAACAUGUACAUUGAUAACUCUAGCAACGCCAACUAUGUUGAGAUAGACCAGCUAUAUCCUUUCACCACUGACCAUAGUAACCUCUAUAAAGACACAUACAACCGUACUAAUUCGCCAAUAUACCAGAAUACUCGCGAUAGUGCUGGCCUGAGUCAGGAUCAAACUACCCCCAUUUACAGUAACACUCAGAUUCAAGAUAGGUUCAGCAGAAACCAGUACCAAAGCGGAAUGUCAUAUGGGGAAUCUUUGGGUCAUCAUUUGAGGCACAGUUUAGGAAGGAACGAUAAUACUCAAGAACCUUCAGAAGAGCUUCCUUUGCCACCUGGAUGGUCGGUGGACUAUACUUUGAGGGGAAGGAAGUAUUACAUUGAUCACAAUACUAAAACAACCCAUUGGUCGCAUCCUUUGGAAAGGGAAGGUUUGCCCACAGGUUGGCAGUGUAUACAAAGUCCCAUCUAUGGAGUUUAUUACGUAAAUCACAUCACCAGGCAAGCACAGUACGAGCAUCCAUGUUUAGUCCCUUGCUAUAAUUACGGCAAUUUUGCCCCGCAGACUUAUCUACAUAUGAGGCCCACUCAUUACCAGCCUCAUAGCGUUUUGGUGCCGGCCAAUCCCUACUUACUUGAAGAAAUACCUCAUUGGUUAAAUGUGUAUUUUGAAGCCAGUACAGAAUUGGAUCACAAGUUAAGGUGGGACAUGUUCAGACUGUCUGAAUUAGAAUGUUAUAAUGCCAUGCUCACGAGACUUUACAAGCAGGAACUACAGCAUAUAGUUAUGCGAUACGAGUCUUACAGAUCUGCUUUAAUGGUAGAAAUGGAAAAAUUUCGAACGAAUCAAAACAAUCAAAGGCUGUGAUGAUGUAAUGAAAAAAUAUAAUAGAAUUGUUCCUACAAGAUUGUAAAUUAAGUUAUAUUAUUUUAGAAAAAGAAACAAAACAAGUUACAUAUCUACAUUUAGGCUAUAUUCAUAUUUAAAUAUAUUUACAAUAUACAAUAUUAAUGAAUCUGAGAGAUCUGUUUAAAAGAAUAUCAAACUUUUAAGUAACUUUUUUAAAAGAGACAAAACAGUUGAUUUAUAUAUAAAUAUUUUUGUUUCUUAAAUAGAUCACUCAGUAUAC